AUGCGUGCACUAAUUAAUGGCCCGGAAGAAGGAAAUGCACACAUAAGGACAACACAAAGUAAUGAAGUCAGUAGGCAUUUGGAGGAUACUGAUUCUGAGCGUACUGCCUCAGCUUCAAGGGAGAGUGAGCAUACUACUGAAGCAGCGACCGAGCAUACUUCUCAACCGGUUUCUGAGCCAUCAACUCCACUGACGAUUCCAAAUGACCGCAGGACUUUGAUUCACCCAAUCAGUGAAAAAGCAUUUGAGCCUCAUUCAGCACAUCGUAGGAUCAUUGAAUGCAUACAAAAGGCAUACCCGCAGGCUAUAAAAUCAUUUAAGGCCGCUCCUCAAUAUUUGAAGGACGUGUGGUUUAAUGAGUUUAAGAAUGCUUUAACAGAAUGCUUAAACAGAAUGCUUCAACUGUGCAUGAAAGAUUAUAAAUGGGAUCCACUAGAGGAGAAUACCAUACGCCGCAUCUUUGAGAAAAAAGGUGCAAAGCUCCUUACAGACCAUCUGCGAGAGGUCCGAGUGCGCUUGGCUGAUGAAAACAAAACCAAACCACAUUGGAUUGCUGAUGAUGUGCUAGAUGACUUAGUUCGCAUUUGGGAGAGUGAGGAUUUCAAAAAGCUCUCGAAGAAAAACAAGAGUAACAGAAAUUCAAAUUCUGGAGGACUAGGUGCAUCGAUUCAUAGUUGUGGUUAUAUUCCUAUGACUGAACAUCGCCGAAGACUUAAAGAAAAGCUUGGAAAAGAUCCAAGUCUUGCCGACUUGUAUCAACACACUCAUAAAAGGAAAAAUGGAGAUGGAGCAUAUGUUUGUGCAAAAGCUCAAAAAGUUGUGGAUACCAUGAAUGAACUACGACAGACUCAGACUGAAGCAUCAGAUGCAGAGUUGUGGUUGGAGGCCACCGGUGGUGUAAAGAGGGGAGGCUACGUAUAUGGCUUUGGUUCGGAUACGCAGCACUAUUUUUCUGAAGCUUCAAAGAAAUCAAAAUCUCAGGCUGGAGCAUCAUCUUCAAAUGCAGCUUUGAUGGCAGAAAUUCAAGAAAUGAGGGAAGAGAACAAAAUGUUUCGGGAAGAAAACAAGUUUAUCCGCGAAGAACUAUCAAAGAUGGGUGUUAUAUUUGCACAAUUCAAUGCAAACCCCGAGUUCUUAAGCUCUUUCAACGUGAAUAACUCCGGCUCGCUUAACAGUGAAACACAAGCUCCUUCUAAUGAAGAUUAA